AUGCCAUAUUCUUUGGAGAACAUACCAUUCUCAACAUUGAACACAUUGAAUUCAUUCACGCCACUAGAGUACUGUUAUCCAAAGUCACUCACAUCAUUGACCUUAAUGGUAUCAAUCGAUCUGGUUCACGUGUUUAUCGGUCUGCCACCUGGACUCCGCGAUCUGACAAUCUACUCUGAUGAUUAUAUGUUGGAACAACCAUUCGUCACUAGACGAUUGCCUGCGGGCCUAAAGGUACUCAACCUUUAUUGUGGCUUCAAUCAAACGAUUACCAAAGACUUGUUUCCGCCAUCGAUCGAGUUCAUUCUCUUUGGUGGACGAUUCAACAAACCGAUAACUGAGCUGCCAGCCAGUGCCACACACCUAUCCUUUGGCAAUCAGUUUGCUCAAGAGUUUGAUCAUCAACCAGUGCGCAACCUAUGGAUAAACAACCCGCUAACAUUCAAGCAUGACAUGGUCUUUGACAACCUCAACGUAAUGACAGCAACACAGGCCAAUCCCGAGUUUAUCAGACAACUAUCAUCAACGACCUUUCCCAACCUUGAGCGUUUACAACUUUUGGAAGAUAGCUUGACCGAUCCAAUCGCGCUGCCAAUGGAGAUGCCCUCGUUGCGAUUACUACUAUGCUCCAUUCAAGGUCCGAUCACACAGUUCCCUCAAGACAUCGAUGAGCUUGACUUGGGAUGUGCGCCCAGCCAGUUGCUCACUCCAUCGUUGUUGCCCAGUUCACUCCAAUCACUGGUCCUACGUGAUUACAAACACGUGAUAAAGGUUGGUGAUAUCCCAUCAUCAGUGACAUUACUUGGUCUAUAUAGUGUGGCGCACUUGCCAGAGCAAGGAACAUUGCCAUCAGCAUUGCGAUCACUCAUAUUGGAGGGAGAGGCCUCGACAGAGUAUGUGGCUGCUACACUGGCCAAUCAAUCAUUGGUCAACAUCACUGUACACCAGCAAGUAUACGGAACAUUCGUAUUUCAUUAUGAGCUCAAUCUGUUUAGGAUCAGCGACAACAUGUUCUUCAACCAUCCACAAAACAAUCUUUCAAAGUAUGGAUUCAUCCACCGCGACAAUAUCCUUGCACUACAUGCCAAGAAGAAUCGCCAUCAUCAAUGA